GUACUCCUUUUCUUUUUGCGAAUACAGACUAACACGGCUGUUACUCUGAAAUAUGGGCAGAGUUGCUCAGUACACAGAAGGGCUUAGGGCAGUGGUUCUCAACCAGGGGUAUGCAGAGAUCUUCCACGGGUUAUAUCAACUCAUUUAGGUAUUUGCCUCAUUUUCAACAGGCUACAUAAAAAGGACUACUGAAGUCAGUACAGACUAAAAUUUCAUAGAGACAGUGACUUGUUUUAUACUGCUCUAUAUAUUAGACAUUGAAAUCUUUCUACACGUAGUGUAACAUUUCAAUGGCUACCCCGAUGACUGAUGGUCAUCGACGGUUCCUGCAGGUGCUGAUGUCUCAUGGAAUAAUGGAAGGGUCGGUGGCUAGAACAUUACACAGGAACUGCUGUGAAAUCCAUAAAGUCUACUAUGCUCAUGAUAAGCUGGAUGACUUCAUCAAUGUCGUUAACAUCCAUCUGCAGCCUUUCUUUAUGCAGAUCCGGAAAGGAAUGUCUGAAGAUGAUGGGAAAACAUAUUACGCAUUGGUGAAUCUGGCAGAAACUGAAAUAACUAAGAUGGCAUCUGACUAUACAGAAAAUGAGUUAGAAUUGUUCAGAAAAACUAUGGAUGCGAUCAUCAUAUCAGAAAAUGGCUUUGCAUCUUCCACAAAUAUUUUAAACCUGGCUGACCAACUUAAAAUAAAGAAAAUGAAGAAAAAGGAAGCAGAGCAAGUGCUGCAAAAUUUGGUGCAGGAUAAGUGGCUCUCUGAACGAGAUGGGGAGUACACCUUGCACACUCGCUGCAUAAUGGAGAUGGAGCAAUACAUCCUCAGCAACUACCAAGACUUGGUGAGGAAAUGUAACAUCUGUCACAGCCUCGCCAUUCAGAGUCAAGUAUGUGAAACCUGUGGAAUUGGAAUGCACUUGCCUUGUGCUGGAAAAUAUUUCAAAGCUCAGAUGGAACCACACUGUCCCCACUGUAAUGAGUUUUGGCCACAUGAGAUUCCAGAGAUAAAUCGGCCAGAUUCCCAGUUGCCUUCAAGUGCCCCGAGGGAGAGGAGAGGAACCUCAUCAUCAGGAACAAGGCGGCGUUAGAAAGACCAGCUUCGGUUAGAGCGGCCAUUUUCUUUCACUGUGUUACAGAUGAGCCCAAUUGCAGUUUACUUCAGCGUUAGUGUAAAAUUUGUCAUUCUGAAAGUAGGAAUGCCUAGGGAACAAAGUCAACUUUCUUUUUAUGGUUUGUUUAUACUCUGCUAAAACCUUGCUAGAAGUUUGAAAAUAAAACUGUUCUGACCUUG